AUGACCAAAGGCAAGAACAAGGUUUACAUCUUGGGUGAAGGUUCAGUUGCACAAGGAGACGAAGCUGAAGUAGUUUCCGAAGGAGAAUCCGUGGAUCUAGUUUCAUCAGCAACAGAGGCAGGGAGGGCAUCGGCUUCAGUUGAUUCCUGUAUUGUAGUCAGGGCCGGGCCUACUCCUUUUAGCAGUAGAAGGGAAGUCUUCAUCCCGGAGCAUACGACGAUUCUUUCGCGAAGAACUAGCUCGUUUCAGCAUCAGCAGCAGAGUCCGUUUAUUCUGUCUGUUCCACAUCCCCGUACUCUCGCUUUGAAUCCAUAUCUUGCUAACUGGCUACUUUUCUAG